AUGGCCUAUGACUGCUACAUUGCCAUCUGCAAACCCCUGCACUACGGGACCCUCUUGGACAGCAGAGCUUGUGUCCACAUGGCAGCAGCUGCCUGGGGCACUGGGUUCCUCACUGCUGUGCUGCACACGGCCAAUACAUUUUCCAUUCUCCUCUGCCAAGGCAAUGCUGUGGACCAGUUCUUCUGUGAAAUACCUCAGAUCCUCAAGCUCUCCUGCUCACACUCCUACCUCAGGGAAGUUGGGCUCAUUGCGGUCAGUGUCUUUAUUGCAUUUGGGUGUUUUGUUUUCAUUGUGCUGUCCUAUGUGCAGAUCUUCAGGGCCGUCCUGAGGAUCCCCUCUCAGCAGGGACGGCACAAAGCCUUUUCCACGUGCCUCCCUCACCUGGCUGUUGUCUCCCUGUAUGUCAGCACUGGCAUGUUUGCCUACCUGAAGCUCCCCUCCAUCUCCUCCUCAGUUCCAGAUGUGGUUGUGGCAGUGCUGUACUCAGUGUUGCCUCCAGCAGUGAACCCCCUCAUCUACAGCAUGAGGAACAAGGAAAUCAAUGAUGACUUAUGGAAUCUGAUCCAAUGGGUGGUGUUUCAUCAUGCUGUAACAGCUUUCUUAAAGACAUAA